AUGGUACAGCAACAAGUAUUUCUCGAUGAACUACGACAACUGCGUAAGAAACAAAAGCUUGCUGGUGGAUCCCCACUCAAGCUACUCCAUCCAUUCAUUGACAAGGAUGGUGUCAUACGUGUUGGUGGCAGACUUGGACAUGCCGAUUUGCCAUUCUGUGUGAAGCAUCCGAUCGUCAUUCCUGGGUAUCAUCCAUUUACCCAAUUGCUGUUGAGGCAGCAACAUGAGAAGGUGAUGCAUGGUGGCAUCACAUCAACACUUUCAGCCAUUCGCGAGGAGUUUUGGCCAUUGAAUGGCAGGAGAGCGGUUCGAUCUACCAUCCGAGCAUGUUAUCGCUGCAACCGAGCCAAUCCUGUUCCAUUUCAGCAACCGAUGGGACAGCUACCGCUUUCUCGAGUCACUGCAAACGAAGCAUUUGUCUGUACAGGUGUGGAUUACUGUGGGCCGAUAAUGCUGAAGCCUGUUCAUCGCAAAGCAGCUCCUCAAAAGGCGUACCUAUGCAUUUUUGUAUGCAUGAGCACCAAAGCAGUGCAUUUGGAGCUUGUGGGUGACCUAAGUACAUCAGGGUUCCUGAAGGCUUUAGACCGUUUCAUCUUCCGACGAAACAAGCCGAACCAUAUCUAUUCGGAUAAUGGUACAAAUUUCGUCGGCGCAAAGAACGCACUUCACCAAGUCUACCAGAUGCUGCAUGACGAAGCUCAAAACCGUCAAAUCAAUAACUAUCUAGCAGAAGAAGGAAUUGAAUGGCACCUUAUUCCACCUCGUGCACCAAACUUCGGUGGGCUUUGGGAAGCCGCCGUGAAGGUGGCCAAGAAGCUUUUGGUCAGGCAGUUAGGUGUCUCGCUACUAUCUUAUGAGGAUCUGGCAACAGUGCUGAUCAAAAUCGAAGGCUGCAUGAAUUCUCGUCCGUUGACGCCGCUUUCGAAUGACCCUAACGAUUUGUCAGCUUUAACACCGAGUCAUUUUCUCAUGAAGGGAAUGAUGCGUCCACCUCCAGAAACUGACAUACGGGAUGUCCCGACCAAUCGACUCGACCAGUAUCAGCGGUUGCAGAAGUACGCUCAACAUUUCUGGCAGCGCUGGCGUACAGAGUAUCUUCAUGAGCUUGCUCAGCAACAGCAACGUAACCCACCAGAACAACAAGUCUCUAUCGGAGACAUCGUCAUUAUCAAGGAUGAACAUCUCCCACCCGCUCGUUGGCCCUUGGCUCGGAUCGUGGAAGUACACCCUGGGCAGGAUGGGAUUUUGUUCAAGGGGGCCGAUAUGUUUGGUACCUCAUACGGUGGGAUGUGCUGGUGA